AUGGUACGCAACACUAUCGGCAUACCGCAGGUCAACUUCAGAGACAGCUACUCACAAGUCAAGCAGGCCAGCUUCCCAAACCUGAGACGCCUGUUCAUCGAGGCGAGGUCGGAUGACGAGGAGAGGGAGGUUUCACGGCGUGCUUUCUACAAUGCUGUGUUGUUUUUCGGCUCGGUAGCCGUCUUCGGCCUUGUAGCUCAGAGGUUGAAUGCGAACAGAUAA